UGAAAAUUUGUUGAUGGGUUUGUCUUUGUAAUCCAGAUUCUAGCUUUCAAUUCCCUAAUUCUCCAUUUUAAAAAACCCUAAUUUCCCCCCGCGAGCUCUGGCUGAUCUGGGUAGAUUAGCGAGUGAGCUGUGCGUUGAAGUAGUGUCCGCAAAGGUGUUUGGCAAUGUCGGAUGACAUGGUGAUGCAUUUCUCCUCGAAUUCUUCUAAUCAGUCGGAUCACUCUUUGCCCGACAAAAUCGCUAAACUUGAGGCUCGCUUGACUGGUAAGACCCCUUCCUUGGCGAAGCCACCACAUCAGCAGCAGCAGGUCUCUGUCUGGUCAUCUGCUUCUGCCGCUGUCAAAGUCGUGACUUCCACACCUCCUGGAUUGUCCGAAACCUCUAUCAGUGAUUCAGACGACGACGAGAAUACUGGAGAUUUCUUAAUCCGAGCUAAUACCAAAAAGCGCCAGAAAGUUCAAGAGUCUAACAACUUCGCUGCUGUUGAUCAUGCUGAGCUCCAAGAGGCAGCAUAUGAUGGAAGGAAAAACGAUGCUGACUCCAAGACAGGCCUUGAUGUAAGUAAGAAGAAACAAGGUCGAGGUCGGGCUACAUCAACAGGCAGAGGGCGUGGUUCUAAAGCUAAUAAUGAUGUCACAAAAUCUCAGUUUUUGGUUGCACCAGUAUCAGCUGCAAGUCAACUGGAUCUCUCUGAUCAAAAGGAUUUUAGGCCUGAUGGACAGCACAGGAAUGGUGAAUGCUCUUCACAAGAUGAAGGCGUGACAUCUUUGCGUGCAAAAAUCGCUGUGCUGGAGGAGGAAUUGUGUAAAUCUCGACAAGAUUCUUCUGAGUAUCAGCACCUUGUCCGGAAGCUCGAGAAUGAGGUAAAAGAUCUAAACGAUCAGGAACAACAAGGGAAACAAAAGACAACGAAAGUAAUCUCUGACCUUCUCAUAUCUGUUUCCAAAACUGAGCGACAAGAAGCAAGAUCGAAAGUCAGACAUGAUUCUUUGCGAUUGGGCAGUGUUGGUGUUCUCAGGACUGGAACGAUCAUAGCUGAGACAUGGGAGGACGGCCAAAUGUUGAAAGAUCUGAAUGCUCAACUUAAACAAUUGUUGGAAACCAAGGAGGCUAUUGAGAGACAAAGAAAGCUCCUUAAGAAACGACAAAAUGGUGAUAAGAGUGAGGGAACUGACACAGAAUCAGGAGCCCAGGAGGAAGAUGUCAUCCCUGACGAGGUUUACAAGUCUCGUCUUGCUAGUAUUAAGCGGGAAGAGGAAGUUGUUUUGCGUGAGAGAGAAAGGUACACAUUGGAGAAGGGGCUGCUUAUGAGGGAGAUGAAGCGCAUACGAGAUGAAGAUAAUUCUCGUUUCAACAAUUUCCCAGUUUUGAAUAGCCGAUAUGCUCUUCUAAAUCUUCUUGGUAAAGGCGGAUUUAGUGAAGUCUAUAAGGCAUAUGAUUUGGUGGAUCAUAGAUAUGUUGCAUGCAAGCUUCAUGGUUUAAAUGCCCAGUGGAGUGAGGAAAAGAAGCAAAGUUAUAUCCGCCAUGCCAACAGGGAAUGUGAAAUCCAUAAAAGUCUUGUGCAUCACCACAUUGUUCGUCUGUGGGAUAAAUUUCAUAUUGACAUGCAUACAUUCUGCACCGUUCUGGAAUAUUGUAGUGGGAAAGACCUUGAUGCUGUUUUAAAGGCAACACCUAAUCUUCCUGAGAAAGAGGCGAGGAUUAUCAUUGUGCAAAUAGUUCAUGGCCUUGUAUAUCUGAACAAAAAGUCACAGAAGAUAAUCCACUAUGAUCUGAAGCCCGGGAAUGUUCUGUUUGAUGAGUUUGGAGUAGCAAAAGUGACUGAUUUUGGUUUAAGCAAGAUAGUUGAGGACAAUGUUGGUUCUCAAGGUAUGGAGCUUACAUCACAGGGAGCUGGAACAUAUUGGUACCUCCCCCCAGAAUGUUUUGAGCUUAGCCAAACUCCUAUGAUCUCAUCAAAGGUUGAUGUAUGGUCGGUUGGUGUUCUGUUUUACCAAAUGCUAUUUGGGAAGCGACCCUUUGGACA